AUGAAAUUGAAAAAUCGUCAAUACUAUAGCAGCUCCAUUCGAUUUAAAGGUAUAUAUAGCAUUUAUCAGCGUAAUAAAAGCCAUUGGAGUGGUACGGUGAGUCAAAGGAUGUCUGGCCGUUUACUUGAUUUGUUUAAGCCGUUUGAGGCUUACCUUCCUGAGGUGAUUGCACCUCAAAGGAAAGUUCCAUACAACCAAAAAUUGAUUUGGACAGGUGUUUCUCUGCUGAUCUUCUUGGUGUUGGGCCAAAUGCCUCUGUAUGGUAUUGUCUCUAGUGAAACUUCCGAUCCCCUUUACUGGUUGCGUGCAAUGUUGGCCUCUAAUCGUGGUACUUUGAUGGAAUUGGGUGUCUCUCCGAUCAUUACUUCGUCUAUGAUCUUCCAAUUCUUGCAAGGUACUCAACUGCUGCAGGUCGAUGUGCAGAACAAACAUGACCGUGAAUUAUUUCAAAUUGCUCAAAAGGUUUGUGCCAUUGUCUUGACAUUCGGUCAGGCCGUUGUCGUUGUGCUUUCUGGUAACUACGGUAAACCAGGAGAUCUCGGUAUUGCUAUCUCUCUCCUACUGAUUUUCCAAUUAAUGUUUGCCUCAUUUAUCGUUUUACUGUUGGACGAAUUGUCUUCAAAAGGUUAUGGUCUUGGUUCUGGUAUCUCUUUGUUCACUGCUACCAAUAUCGCCGAACAGAUCUUUUGGAAGGCAUUUGCACCUACUACAGUCAACUCUGGCCGUGGAAAAGAGUUUGAGGGUGCUAUGAUUGCGUUCUUCCACUUGCUUGCAGUUAGAAAGGAUAAGAAGAGAGCUUUGGUGGAGGCUUUUUACAGAUCAAACUUGCCAAAUAUGUUUCAAGUAAUCGCAACAGUGUUUGUGUUUCUAUUUGUUCUCUACUUACAAGGUUUCCGUUACGAAUUACCUAUCAGAUCCACCAAGGUCAGAGGUCAAAUUGGCACAUACCCAAUCAAAUUGUUCUACACUUCAAACACCCCAAUUAUGUUGCAAGCCGCUUUGACAUCGAACAUCUUCUUGAUCUCUCAAAUUUUGUAUCAAAAGUUCCCUUCGAACCCAGUUAUCCGUCUACUUGGUGUUUGGGGUGUAAAACCAGGCCAACCAGGUCCACAACAGGCUUUAAGUGGGUUGGCUUACUACAUCCAACCUCCAACCUCGGUCAAAGAAAUUCCAUUGGAUCCAAUCAAGACUGUCAUUUACGUAGCAUUCGUGCUAGGUGUUUGUGCUUUGUUUUCCAAGACUUGGAUUGAAGUCUCUGGAACUUCCCCUCGUGAUAUCGCCAAGCAAUUCAAGGAACAAGGUAUGGUCAUCAAUGGUAAGAGAGAAACCAGUGUUUACAGAGAACUGAAGAAGAUCAUUCCAACAGCAGCUGCCUUUGGCGGUGCAACCAUCGGUGCAUUAUCUGUUUGUUCAGACUUUUUAGGUACUUUGGGAUCUGGUACUUCAAUUCUGAUGGCCACCACAACUAUUUACGGUUAUUAUGAGAUGGCCGCCAAAGAAGGUGGUUUCUCGAAGAACUUCAUUGCUGGUGUUUCUGAACUAAUGUAG